AUGCAAUCCGCCAUCCAAGAUGGCGAGGCGCGCGGAAGGGUGUUAAGUCCCACUGCACGGCUCGCCGUCUUGGAUGGCAGAUUGCGUGCUGGCACCUUGGAUACUAACCUUCCUACUAAGAUUCACCCACUGCGCGGCCCGCCGUCUUGGACGGACGGCCAGACGCUCGGAGUGAUGUUGAGUGUAGGUUUGCUCACUAUACAGCCCACUGCGCGGCCCGCCGUCUUGGACGGCGGAUUGCGUGCUGGCACUUCGGAUAAUAACCUUGUUAUAGAGACUCAAUAUGCAGCCCGCCGUCCAAGACGCCCACUGCGCGGCUCGCCGUCUUGGACGCACGCCGUCCAAGACGGCGAGGCGCGCGGAGGGAUGUUGGGUGUAUGUUUGCUCACCAUGCAGCCCACUGCGCGGCCUGCCGUCUUGGACAGCGGAUUGUGUGCUGGCACUUUGGAUACUAACCUUGUUACAGAGACUCAAUACACAGCCCGCUGUCCGAGAUGGCGAGGUUCAUGGAAAAGGCCUCAUAGCAAUACCGCAGAGGCUCAGCCAAAGGGUGGUUCACAUCACAUGUGUAUGGCUGCCCGCGACCCAUCCAAGAAGCUAAAGUUGGUGCACAGGCUCGGCAGACGCAUGACUGCUGGACCGCACAAAAGUGCAAAUGAGGGGUCUGUGAGGCCUCCUUUAACGUGGGUUCAAACAUCUAGGGUGCAUGGCAAGAGGGGUAAGACAAAUGGUGGUGUAGUGCACACUGCGGGGCCACUCAUAGGUGCCAAAAGAGAUGAUGUUGGCAUGAUGGUGAGUCCCUCAAAAAGAAAGAGGGCAGUUGUCAAUGUGGAGGGGGCUCGCAAGCACAAGCACUCCAAAGACAAUAUACACCAUGAGGGUGAGGAGGUGAAGGUGGGGCUGUCAAGUGCACCUAUGGUGCACAGAAUAGAGGAGGAGGAGGAGGAGGAGGAGGGGGCUGACCUUAACAUGCACCUAGCAUACCUCCUAGGCCACGGUUGCACUCAAGAUGGUCACACAUGA